AUGCCUAGGCGCUUCUCUCGCGAGGAGCCGCUCCGCUUGAAGGUCCUUCGUCAGACGGUCCAGCGCGCACCUCAAGAUAGAGACAGCAAUAUCUCCAAGGAUGCCAGCUCCCCGAUCUCCGCAGAGGAGCAUAAGGAAAAUAUCCACCAACCAGUUCAACCCGCAUUCCCGGUCCAACCGCCUAUCGGUCCCAAGAACGACCCUCCGUGGCAGUACGGGGCGAGUCCAUGGCGCAACCACCCCACAGUGCGGAGGUACUCGGACGAGGCUUUCAUCUUCAUACCAGCUGUUUCGUACCCUACUGUUUCCGAUGCGGCCAUCGCGCUGAUCGCCUGGUUGCGUCAGCCCGGCAACCUUUGUCGACCGUUGAAGGCGCCGCUUCACUCGGGCGUCGUGAGGAUCGAUGGUGUGGGUUGGGUUGUAACACUUGGCAAUCGUCCUGGUGCGUUGGACCGCAUGACGUUGCUACUGGAGUGGAAGGCGGGUCAAACCCUGAUGUUCGGGGGUGUUAAGCGCAUUAUCAGCAUGCAUACCCACAUUCCUUUGGAGUGGCUUCUCUAA